AUGAAUAUUCAAUUAAGUAGUACCAUAUUAGCAUGGUUGAUAUUGUCGUUAGCUACACAUGUCACAUCUCAACAAGGCAUUUUUAACAUAAGAACAUAUGGCGCACCUAAUGGAGAUAUAACCAAUGCUUUCAAGAGUGCUUGGAAAGAGGCAUGUGCAUCAACAAUUCCAAGUAAAGUUGUGAUUCCUGAGGGUUGGUAUAAGUUGCAACAAAUAGAUCUUGAAGGACCAUGCAAUGCUCCAAUCGAGGUUCAAGUUCAUGGGAUGAUUCUAUCACCAAAAAACCCUUACCACCUCAAUGGACAAGAUCAGUGGGUUAGAUUUCAAUAUAUUAACUUCUUUACCUUAUCUGGUAAAGGAACAUUUGACGGUCAGGGUCAAAUGGCUUGGAAGCAAAAUAAUUGCCCAAGAAAUACCAAUUGCAUAAGGUUUGCCAUGAAUUUUGGUUUCGCUUUCCUCAACAAUUCGAUUAUUCAAGACAUAAACUCAAAAGACAGUAAAUAUUUCCAUGCCAAUGUUUUCGGAUGCAAUAAUAUUACCUUUACAAAUUUCAACGUCAAUGCGCCAGAAAAUAGUCCCAACACGGAUGGAAUUCAUAUUGGGAGAUCAACUAAAGUAAAUAUUAUCAACUCGAAGAUUGGCACUGGCGACGAUUGCAUCUCUCUCGGUGAUGGUAGCCGACAAAUCGUCAUUCGAAACAUAACAUGUGGACCAGGACAUGGUAUUAGUGUUGGAAGCUUAGGAAAAUAUCCUAAUGAAGAACCGGUUGUGGGUCUUAUUGUCAAAAAUUGCACAUUAAAUAAUACAAAUAAUGGUGUGAGGAUCAAAACAUGGCCUGGUACUUCAGUGAUUUCAAUUGCAUCUCAUUUGCAUUUUGAAAAUAUUGUAAUGGUUAAUGUUAGCAAUCCUGUUAUUAUUGAUCAAGAAUAUUGCCCUUGGAAUCAAUGCUCAAAAAAGAGUCCAUCAAAAAUAAAGAUAAGGAAAGUGAUCUUUAAAAAUAUUAGAGGAACUUCUGCAACUCAAGAAGGGGUGACUCUUGUUUGUAGUCCGGGUGUGCCAUGUGAAAGUGUGGUACUCAAUAACAUAGAUUUAAGCUUCAAUGAGUCAAAAGUAACGGCUAAAUGUUCAAAUGUAAAGCCCAAAAUUCAAAGAAAAUCACCCAUUUGUGAAUAUCACAUAUAG